CCCGCGGCGCUCUUCAUAUGAAGCUGUGGCGCAUGCGCAGUUUAUCAGUAAGAAUGGCGGCCAGGCUUCUCUUGAGACCAGCGACCCGUGCUGCUGCUGCUGUUUACAGCCGUCAGCCUCUGCCAGCUCAAGCUCUAGUUAGGGGACUGGCGUCUGGAGGCAUUCCCACAGAUGAUGAGCAGGCCACCGGUCUGGAGAAGAUUGUGUUGGAGGCGUCCAAGAAAGGAACUGAUCCGUAUAACAUGUUGAAACCGAAGGAGUAUGCAGGCUCCAAACAAGACCCUCAUAUCGUCCCCUCCAUAACCAACAAGAGGAUUGUUGGCUGUGUUUGUGAAGAGGAUAACACUGCAGUGGUUUGGUUUUGGUUGCAUCAGGGUGAAGCCCAGCGCUGCCCAUCCUGUGGUGCUUACUACAAACUUGUUCCACAUGAGUUACCCCACUGAAAAUAUACACUUCACUGCACAGGCGGCCUAAACACUCUCAUACUGACUCGAUCACCAUAGAUAGUCAGACUUAUACACAAUCUCCUUUGCUAAUCUCUGUUCUGAAGAAUAGAAUUGCACUUUAUAGGGGCGUAGUUAGUUCUUUCUCAUUGGUUGCUUCACAUAAGCAGAUCUGCAAAUCUGAAAUGCAAAAUUUGGCAGUGCUAUCCUAAUUGUGAAUGUUGGUUUAAUUUUUUUUUUUUUGAACAAUAGUUUACAUGCCCUGUUUUUUGCUGUGCAAUAUCAGCUGCUUGCACAUUCCAAACUUUCCUUAGAAAUGCAAUGCAUUCCUUACUCUGUUACAUAAAUGAGCUGUUACUUGAAAUGUACAAGCAUUACAGAAGUUUGCACAUUCUUGCAAAAGAGAUAAUGUCUACAGACUUUGUCUUUGAUUUUUCAGUGUUUAGACAAAGAUAGUACAUUCCCAAUUCUGUGGGACUCAAAAUAUGCUCCAUUUACUUUGAAAGUGUUGAGAUUGAAUGCUGUCCUUGUUGAACGAUCCUUUAAAAUAAAUGUGGUGUUUUAACACGUA